ACUAUUUGAUAAUAUGACAUAAAUCGUGUGUUUUAUUUUUUAUAACUUUUAUUUUUUUAAAAAAGAACUAAUUUACUAAACAUAAAAUGGAGGGCUUUUUUAGAAGCAAUCCUAUAUUGGAAGCAGAACAUUUUUCAUCUCCUUUAAUAUCUAUACCUGAUUUCAAAAAUCAGUUUAAAGAACUUUUAUGUGAAGAUUUUUUUCCGCCAAUCAUUUUGUCCAAUGAAGAAUCUAAUAAAAAAUUAGGAGAGCUUCUAAAUUGUAAUCAACAGACCAUAGAAGAGCUUGAAGAUGUUUGCAGUAUUGAAAACUUAAAGUGCGACUUUGAGAAAGAAAAUUUUGAUUCUAAAAAAGUGAGAGGUUACGAAGAUUUUCCUGAUAAUAGUGAACUACAAAUUGUUAGGCUUACAAAGCAGUUAAAAACAAAGUUUGAAGAAUUGGUGUAUGUUCCAAACUUUAUAGAGGAAGACUUACCUAAAGAACCAGAAACUAGUGAAAAGAUACCAAAUGAUGAAGUCUUAUUAGCAGUUUCAGUUUAUCAUUCACAAAAGAGAAAAGUUUUCCAAGAAUUUUAUGUGCUUCCAAAUCAAAAAUUAUCAGCUUUAAGGGACGUUAUAGUAUGCACUUCUGACAACAUUAUUUAUGGAGACUUUAGUAAAAACCCUGAUCUCAGUUGUGCUAAACCUGUCAAGGAAUUUUGUCAGUCAGCAUUCUUCUUUAUAGAGAAGUGUUUUUACAAUGAUACCCGUAACCCAUUAAACAGAGACUACAGCAAAAUUAUUAUAGAAUGGGCAAAAGAUGAAGAGCGAUAUACAGUCAAUGGGCUUGGAUUGUUUACAUCUGCUAUUAUGGAAAAUACAACAUUUAGUGACUUAAAGAUUCGACUUGGUUAUCCUUAUCUUUAUUGUCACCAAGGAAACUGUGAACAUUUGAUCGUUUUUAAUGACAUGAGAAUGGUUUCAAAAGAUGAUCCACAAGCAUUACAAAGUUAUCCUUUCAAAGUUUAUCAAGCCCCAUAUAAACGAAGGAAAUGUUCUGUGUGCAAUAUUCAUUAUGCCAAGUGGAGAACAUUAAAUGAUCCGUUAGCAUUUGAUAAUCCAAGUUUGUUUUGUGAGAGAUGCUUCAAAUAUCUCCACUACACCCAAGAUGGAAAACCGUUAUGCGAUUUUAAAGCAUUCCCUCAUGUAGAAGUUGAGUAUUAGUUCCAUAUAAAAAUAAAUCUUGUAAGUUGUUGUCAAAAACAUAAUAGCUACAUUUA